AUGGCACCAAUCAGAACACAAUGGACGCGGUUAAUCCGGUUCGUCGCAGCUGAAACGUCCAGAGUCCACAUUGGCCAGCCGAUUGACCCCCAUCUCGAUGUGGGAUUGGCGAGCCGUCAAGGCAGCCUCUUCAAAGCACAUGAAAUAAUUGGCUCUGUCCUUGACCCGGCCGCGCAGGUCACAAACUCUGUCUUGACUGUCAAGACUCUCCUUUCUCCUCUCUCGCGAGAGGACAUCAAGAUCGUACGGUGCUUGGGCUUGAACUAUUCUGACCAUGCAGAAGAAGCCAAGAUGGCCAAACCGGCUUUCCCCAUUCUCUUCUACAAGCCAGUCACCUCCAUAAUCGGUCCGAACGCCCCUGUUAUCAUCCCUACCGCGGCACAGCCGCCCGAGGAGCACCUCCCGGAUUAUGAGGUAGAGCUCGCCAUCGUCAUCGGUAAACCAGCCAAGAACGUAUCCGAAGCUGACGCCCUCGACUACGUCCUUGGCUACACCGGGGCAAAUGACGUCUCGUUCCGGAAACACCAACUCGCAAUUUCACAAUGGAGUUUUUCUAAAGGCUUCGACAACACAAACCCUAUCGGACCUUGCAUCGUCUCUGCAAAUGCAAUUCCAGACCCUCAGGUUGUCCCUUUGAAAUCCACAAUUAACGGCCAAGUCUUGCAGGAUGGAAAUACAUCUGACCAGAUCUUUAGCGUUCGACAGACUGUCUCUUGGCUGUCCAAGGGCACGACUCUCGAACCUGGAACUAUCAUCUUGACUGGAACCCCCAAAGGCGUCGGCUUCGUCAGACAGCCACCCGUAUACCUCAAGGACGGCGAUAACAUGGAACUCUGGUUUGGAAACGGUAUUGGAACGCUCUUCAACCCAGUCAUCGAAGAAAAGGCCGAGCCUACCGUUUCCAAGCUCUAG